AUAUGCUAAUUAGGGACAAAUCUCCCCUGGCCAUGACCUUGAGAAAGACAAUAAAAAGGGGACACACCUCUUACACCACUUACUAUCCCGUUGUGUGCGCCCUAAGAAGUUUGAGAAGUUACCUGUCUUCUUGGCGCUUCAGUCGGCCAGAGGAGUUGCCAACCAUGUCUCGCUUCGAAAUGCAAGAGUUCGGGGAGGCUGGACCUUUUUUACGCAAAACGGACUUGGAGUUAUUGGCUGCGCAGACCAUAGCAUUUGAUGGUAAAAAGCGAGCAUGGAUUCCAGACGAAAAGGAGGCUUACAUCGAAAUUGAGAUCAAGGAAUUUGACGGAGACAAAGUCAUCGUUGAGACCAGAGAUAAGAAGACCCUAACAGUGAAGGAGGAUGAUAUUCAGCAGAUGAACCCUCCAAAGUUUGACAUGAUGGAGGACAUGGCCAUGCUUACUCAUCUCAACGAGGCCUCGGUGCUCUUCAACCUGCGCAGGCGGUAUGCAGCCUGGAUGAUCUAUACAUACUCUGGGCUCUUCUGUGUGACAGUGAACCCGUACAAAUGGCUGCCCGUCUACACCGCCCCUGUAGUUGCUGCCUACAAAGGCAAACGCCGCUCCGAGGCCCCGCCCCACAUCUACUCCAUAGCAGACAAUGCCUACAAUGACAUGCUGCGUAACCGUGAGAAUCAAUCUAUGCUUAUUACCGGAGAAUCCGGUGCUGGCAAAACUGUCAACACGAAACGUGUCAUUCAGUAUUUUGCCAUUGUAGCAGCUCUUGGGGAAGCAGCUGCCAAAAAAGGAAGUGCUGCCACAAAAAUGGGGGGCACGUUGGAAGACCAAAUUAUUGAGGCCAACCCUGCCAUGGAAGCUUUUGGCAACGCGAAAACGCUGAGGAAUGAUAACUCGUCUCGUUUUGGCAAGUUUAUUAGGAUCCACUUUGGGCCUACAGGGAAACUAGCCUCUGCAGACAUUGAUAUAUAUCUUCUGGAAAAAUCCAGGGUGAUAUUCCAGCAGCCCGGAGAGAGGAGCUACCAUAUCUACUACCAGAUCAUGUCCCAGAAGAAACCAGAACUUCUAGACAUGCUGCUGGUAUCCACCAACCCCUACGACUAUCACUUCUGCUCCCAGGGGGUCACCACCGUGGAGAACAUGGACGAUGGACAGGAGCUGAUGGCUACUGAUCAUGCCAUGGACAUCCUGGGUUUCAGUUCUGAUGAGAAGUACGGCUGCUAUAAAAUAGUGGGCGCCAUCAUGCACUUUGGCAAUAUGAAGUUCAAGCUGAAGCAGCGUGAGGAGCAAGCAGAGGCUGAUGGCACUGAAAGUGCUGACAAAGCUUCCUACCUGAUGGGAGUAAGCUCAGCCGACCUCAUCAAAGGGCUCCUGCACCCCAGAGUGAAGGUGGGGAACGAAUAUGUGGUGAAGGGACAGAAUGUCGAGCAGGUUAACUUCGCCGUCGGGGCUCUGGCCAAAGCCACUUACGACCGCAUGUUCAAAUGGCUGGUGGGACGCAUUAACAGGACCCUGUACACCUCCCUGCCUCGUCAGUUCUUCAUAGGAGUACUGGACAUCGCUGGCUUUGAGAUCUUUGAUCUGAACAGCUUUGAACAGCUGUGCAUCAACUUCACCAAUGAGAAGCUGCAGCAGUAUUUCAACCACCACAUGUUCAUCCUGGAGCAAGAGGAGUACAAGAGGGAGGGCAUCGAGUGGACCUUCAUUGACUUUGGUCUCGACCUUCAGGCUUGCAUUGACCUCAUCGAAAAACCCCUGGGUAUCAUGUCCAUCCUUGAAGAGGAGUGCAUGUUCCCCAAGGCCACCGAUGGCAGCUUCAAGGCCAAGAUGUAUGACAACCACAUUGGCAAAUCAUCAAACUUCCAGAAGCCGAGGCCUGAUAAGAAGCGCAAGUACGAGGCCCACUUUGAGCUGGUGCACUAUGCUGGAGUGGUCCCCUACAACAUUGUUGGCUGGCUGGAGAAAAACAAAGACCCCCUGAAUGAAACAGUGGUGGUCUGCUUCCAGAAGUCUGCCAACAAGCUUCUGGCCUGUCUGUAUGAACACGACAUUGGAUCUGAUGCAGCAGACUCCAAACCUGGGGGCAAGGAGAAGAGGAAGAAGGCUGCUUCCUUCCAGACUGUGUCUCAGCUUCAUAAGGAGAAUCUAAACAAGCUGAUGACUAACCUCCGCAGCACCCAGCCCCACUUUGUCCGCUGCUUAAUCCCUAAUGAGACCAAGACUCCAGGGAUCAUUGAUGCAUUCAUGGUGCUGCACCAGCUGAGGUGUAACGGGGUGCUAGAGGGCAUCAGGAUCUGCAGGAAGGGAUUUCCAAACCGCAUCCUGUAUGCUGACUUUAAGCAGCGAUAUCGCAUUCUGAACCCACACUCCAUCCCUGAUGAUAAGUUUGUGGACAGCAGAAAAGCAGCAGAGAAACUCUUGAGCUCCUUGGAUAUUGACCACAAUCAAUACAAAUUUGGACACACAAAGGUGUUCUUUAAGUCGGGUCUGCUGGGCCACCUGGAGGAGCUGAGGGACGAGCGCCUGGCUAAAGUCCUGACCAUGCUGCAAGCCAUCAGCCGCCGCAAGAUCAUGAGGAUGGAGCUGCAGCUGAUGAUGGAGAGGAAGGAAGCUCUGAUGAUCAUCAAGUGGAACAUCCGAGCCUUUAACGCUGUGAAGCACUGGCCUUGGAUGAAGCUUUUCUUCAAGAUCAAGCCUUUGCUGAAGAGCGCUGCCACAGAGAAGGAGAUGGCCAAUCUGAAGGAGGAGUACGCCAAGCUGAAGGAGGCUCUGGAGAGGUCUGAGGCCAAACGGAAGGAGCUGGAGGAGAAGCAGGUCAGCCUGAUCCAAGAGAAGAAUGACCUCUCUCUGCAGCUGCAAGCUGAGCAAGAUAACCUUGCAGAUGCUGAGGACCGCUGUGAUCUGCUCAUCAAAGCUAAGAUUCAGCUGGAAGCCAGGGUGAAGGAGACGACAGAGAGACUGGAGGACGAGGAGGAGAUGAACGCUGGCGUACUCGCCAAGAAGCGCAAGCUGGAGGACGAGUGUGCUGAGCUGAAGAAGGACAUCGAUGACCUGGAGAUCACCCUGGCUAAGGUGGAGAAGGAGAAACACGCCACAGAGAACAAGAUUAAGAAUCUGAUUGAAGAGAUGGCAGCUCUGGAUGAGAUCAUCCUGAAGCUGACCAAGGAAAAGAAGGCUCUGCAGGAGGCACACCAGCAGACACUAGAUGACCUUCAGGCAGAGGAGGACAAAGUCAACACUCUGACCAAGGCAAAGGCCAAGCUGGAACAACAAGUGGACGAUUUGGAGAGUUCUCUGGAGCAAGAGAAGAAGGUGCGUCUGGACAUGGAACGGGCCAAGCGCAAGCUAGAGGGGGACUUGAAGCUCUCCAUGGAGUCUGUCAUGGACCUGGAGAAUGACAAGCAGCAGCUUGAAGAAAAGCUCAAAAAGAAAGACUUUGAAAUGGUCAACAUCAGCACAAAGAUUGAGGACGAACAAGCCUUAGUCAUUCAGCUCCAGAAAAAGAUUAAAGAAUUACAGGCUCGUAUUGAGGAGCUUGAAGAGGAACUGGAAACUGAUAGGUCAUCCAGGGCCAAGGUGGAGAAGCAGAGGAGCGAUGUGGCGAGGGAGCUGGAGGAGCUGAGUGAACGCCUCGAAGAGGCUGGCGGCGCUACCUUUGCCCAGAUCGAGAUGAACAAGAAGCGGGAGGCAGACGUCCUGAAGUUGCGGCGGGACCUGGAGGAGGCCAUGCUGCACCACGAGGCCACGGCCGGCGCCCUGAGGAAAAAGCACGCCGACAGCGUGGCGGAGCUGGGCGAGCAGAUCGACAGCCUGCAGCGGGUCAAGCAGAAGCUGGAGAAGGAGAGGGGCGAGGUCAAGAUGGAGGCUGAUGACCUGUCCUCCACCGUAGAGCAUCUCUCCAAGGCCAAGGCUAACACGGAGAAGAUGUGCCGGCUGUAUGAAGAUCAGAUGAACGAGGCUAAGGCCAGGGUGGAGGAGCUCCAGAGGCAGCUCAACGAUACCAACACCCAGAGAGCCCGUGCUCAGGCCGAGAGCGCCGAGCAGGGCCGGAAGCUGGAGGAGAAGGAAGCCCUGAUCACCCAGUUCCAGCGCACCAAGAUCUCCUUCAGUCAGAAUGCUGAGGAGCUCAAGAAGCAGCUGGAGGAGGAGAACAAGGCUAAGAAUGGCCUGGCCCAUGCCCUGCAGUCCUCCAGGCAUGACUGUGAACUGUUGAGGGAGCAGUAUGAGGAGGAACAGGAGACUAAGUCUGAACUGCAAAGGGCCUUGUCCAAGGCCAAUGCAGAAGUGGCUCAGUGGAGGACCAAGUAUGAGACUGAUGCCAUCCAGAGAACUGAGGAGCUGGAGGAGGCCAAGAAGAAGCUCGUGACUCGGUUGCAGGAGGCUGAGGAGACCGUUGAGGCAUCCAGUGCUAAGUGCUCCUCCCUUGAGAAGACCAAGCACCGUCUGCAGACAGAGAUCGAGGACCUGGUGAUCGAUCUGGAGCGCUCCAAUGCUGCUGCCGCAGCCCUUGACAAGAAGCAACGCAACUUUGACAAGGUGCUGGCUGAGUGGAGGCAGAAGUUUGAGGAGGGCCAGUCAGAGCUGGAGGGUUCUCAGAAGGAGUCUCGCAGCCUGAGCACAGAGCUCUUCAAGCUGAAGAACUCCUACGAGGAGGCCCUGGACCACCUGGAGACCACCAAGCGGGAGAACAAGAAUCUCCAGGAGGAGAUGGUUGACCUGUCAGACCAGAUCAGCCAGGAGGCAAAGACCAUCCAUGAGCUGGAAAAGAUCAAGAAGGGUCUGGACAUGGAGAAGAGUGAGAUCCAGGCUGCACUUGAAGAGGCUGAGGGUACACUGGAGCAUGAGGAAAGUAAGACUCUCUGCAUCCAGCUGGAGCUCAACCAGGUCAAGGGCGAUCUUGACAGAAAGCUGGCAGAGAAGGACGAGGAAAUCGACAACCUUCGCCGGAACCACCAGAGAGUGGCUGAGUCAAUGCAAGCCACGCUGGACGCAGAGUGCAAGUCUCGCAACGAGGCUGUCCGUCUCAAGAAGAAGAUGGAAGGAGACCUGAACGAGAUGGAGGUGCAGCUGAACCAUGCCACUAGGCAGGCAGCUGAAUCCCAGAGACUACUGCGCCACCUGCAGCUCCAGCUGAAGGACACUCAGCUGGAGCUGGACGAGACGCUGCACCAGCACGAGGAGCUGAAGGAGCAGGCGGCCGUGACGGAGCGCAGGAACAACCUGCUGGCGGCCGAGGUGGAGGAGCUGAGGGCCCAGCUGGAGCAGAGCGAGCGCGCCCGGAAACUGGCGGAACACGAGCUCCUGGAGUCCACUGAGAGGGUCAACCUACUGCACUCUCAUAACACAGGGCUGAUCAACCAGAAGAAGAAGCUGGAGAGUGACCUGUCCAUGCUGUCAACGGAGGUCGAUGAGGCCGUGCAGGAGUGCCGCAACGCUGAAGAGACGGCCAAGAAGGCCAUCACGGAUGCGGCCAUGAUGGCAGAGGAGCUGAAGAAGGAACAGGACACGAGCUCCCACCUAGAGAGGAUGAAGAAAAACAUGGAGCAGACCAUCAAGGACCUGCAGCACCGUCUGGACGAGGCUGAGCAGAUCGCCCUGAAGGGCGGCAAAAAGCACAUCCAGAAACUGGAAAACAGGGUGCGAGAGCUGGAGGGUGAACUGGAUUCUGAGCAGAAGAAGAGCCAGGAGUUCCAGAAAGGAGUCCGCAAAUAUGAGAGGAGGAUCAAGGAGCUCACCUACCAGACUGAGGAGGACAGGAAGAACCUAGCUCGCCUUCAGGAGCUCAUAGAUAAACUGCAGGCUAAGGUCAAGAGCUACAAGAGGCAAGCGGAAGAGGCGGAUUCGCAGGCAAACUCCAACCUGACCAAGUUCAGGAAGAUCCAGCAUGAGCUGGAUGAUGCUGAGGAGAGGGCCGACUUGGCCGAGUCGCAGGUCAACAAGCUUCGCGUCCGCACUCGGGACCAAGGUGGCAAGCUCGAAGAGUAAUGCUGCAAGGAUGGCCACCUUAAUCAGACAAGUCUCCCUGCUGCAACAGCUGUGUGUGACUGUGUGUGCAUCCAAUAAAGACUACUGAACACAUACACAGAAUGUCUGAAUGUCUGAUUAUUCAAAC